AUGGAAGUGGAAGGAUCUGUAUUCAGUACGGCUUUGGAGGGGUUGGCGAAAGUUAGGUCUGAAGAGGGAAAGAUACUCACAAAACCUUUCUUAGAUAUAUGCAAUAGUUUAUUACCUGUUAUAGAUAAGUUUGGAGGAGCAUUUUCAUUUGUAAAAUCUGAUAUUGGUGGUAACAUAUUGAGGUUGCAGUCUAAGUAUGAGUCCGACCCUUCUGAAUACAAAUUGUUAUUCACUGUAGUGCAAAAAGAGGUUGAAGCUAAAAAAGAAAAAGUUUCAUCUAGCUGCACAAAUAGCCUGCUAUGGCUGUCACGGAGCAUGGAUUUCACGGUACAAAUGUUCAGCAACUUACGGGAACAUGAGGAUUGGAGCAUGCGACGUGCUUGUGCUGAUUCAUACAACAAGACAUUGAAACCGUGGCAUGGCUGGCUAGCUAGUUCAAGUUUCGGUGUUGCAAUUAAGCUAUUGCCAGAUAGAAAAAAAUUCAUGGAGAUAAUCAGUGGUACAGGGGACUUUGAUUCUGAUAUGGAAAAAUUCUGUACCGGUUUCUCUUCAGUGCUUGCAGAGAAUCAUCAAUACCUGGCUAGUGUUGGAAUGAAUGAUAUGAAAGCUUGAUGCACAAACUGAAAAUCUGAAGUUGA